AUGACUUCAACUCGGACGGACUUGUCGACGAGCUUCGAAGAAAUAGGCCUUGACGAUAUUGAAGAUAUCAAUAAAUCGGAAGCUGGCAAAAAAUCUCCGACGAUUUCUUCACUUGCUUCUUCCUCCUCAAAAGAUGUUUCGAUUAUAGCAGACGCUUCGGAAACAGAAGUCAGCGGCGACGACGAAGAAAGCUCAACUGCCGCCAAUCGUUAUCUUCGAAAGCAAUCGGAAAUGCCGUUAGAGGAAGAGCCAGUCGUUGCUCCAGAGCAACCUCCUUUGCCGGACUCUCCGCCUUACACUCCGCGGGGGUUAAACGACUCACUAGUGAGCAGUGGAUCUCUUCAAAGCCUUCGAGGACGGGGCCGUGGACGGCUUCGAAUGCCGCAGCCGCCAAAAAGGACCGACCUUGGAGAAUCACAAAGAAAAUUCGAAAAGUCACCAACUGAUGCCGUGCCUCCAAGAACGAAUCAUCCUUUCCAGUACUCGGAUCCAGAGCCGAAAGCCGAGCCUGCUCUAAUUGAGAAUCUUGAAAUAGCAGCACCGAGUCCGCCCCAAAGAGCCACCGUUGAAAGCGAUUUUUCUGAAGACGAUGCGGAUGACGAGCGUAACCAUUCGAGAGAAGAGAGCCCAGCUCUAGAAGACCGCCCCGAGACGCCGAUCAGAGAUCAAAGAGAAGAAGAACGAAAUCAUGGAGGAGAAGCUUCGAAUCUUCAAGUUCCAAAUGAGGAAUUUUUUAAUUAUGAAGAAAUAAUUCAAGAUUUGCGGGAAGAGCUAGAAACGACGAGAACUGAAUUCGCUCUUCAACAAGGCUCCCAAGUUGACGAAUUGAACUCUUUGAAGGAAGAAAUAAAGCGUCUGAUAAAACGAAAUACCGAAUUAGGUGAAGAGAAUGAAGAGAUAAGCCAGAAUUACGAGCAGCUUCGCGAAAGCUACGAUCAAGUUUUCCAGCAAUUCGAACAAGCUUCUGCUGAACUUCAAGAAUCCAAAAAUAAAAACUCCGUCUUGACGAGAAGAAGACAAGAAGAGAGAAGAGAAUUUCAAAAGAAUCUCAAAACAAUAACUGAAGAGAAAAGUGAAUUGGAAGCUCAAAUUGACGGAUUACAAGAAGAAUACGAAGCAUUGAAAAGAACAUCGGAAGAAAGUCUUGGCACUGUAGCUGAGCUUAAAAAUUUAAUCCGAAAAAAAGAUGCAGAGGUGGACAGUUACCACAACGACAUGGAAAAAUACGUCAAAAAUAUUGAAUCAGAAAAAAACGAACAAACUGCGCAGAGGAAGAAAUGUGAGCGGCGAAUCGAGGAACUGGAGAAUGAAAAUGCCCAGUGGAAAAAAGCGAGAACAAACGCCAACCGUCAAGUGCUUUAUUUCCUUCGCUCUGCAGCGGAUGCACAACGCUUGGCCAAUGAACAAUGCAGCAAGCUCAACGAAGACUUGAAGUGGAAGCAGGGCGAUUGCGAUAGCCUCAAAAUACAGCUGCAACAAGCGAACACGAAAAUCGAGGUUCAAGAAACAGAAAUUCGCCGGCUGGCGCAGGCCGAAGAAGACUUGCACAAGAACAUUCGAAAUGAACUCGAUGAAAAAGAAAAGUUGUUGAUGGAGAAACUUCAGGCAGAGUCGAACGUAAACGAUUACAGGGAGCUAAAUGAAAAUCAAAAGGCACAACUGGCUCAACAAUCUGUCAGACGCAAGAGUAUGGAGGAACUUCUGAAUCAGGAAAAACAGAAAAGAGCCCAACAAGCAAAAGAGCACAAAGAAAAAAUGGAACGACUGGAGCAACUUGAAGAAGAAAACAAUUGCGCCAUUUGUUUCGACCCGUUCAACGAACAGGACCACUUCCAAAUCGCUCUCAAGUGCGGCCACAAGUUUGGAAAUACGUGCAUCAAAGCCUCUUUCUCGCGUCGACAAUGCUGCCCGACUUGCAAUAAGCCAGCGAGGGAAUCCGACUUCAUCCGACUUUACUAA